GCGGUCAUCAAGAGUAGUUAAUAUAAGUUACAAGAACUUGGCUCUACACGAGAUGUUAAAUAAAUAAGUUUAAACUAAUAAAACUAAUUCAAAGUUACCUAAAUAUUACGUUACUGAAAAAGACAGGAAAAGCCCGGCAGUGAACAGUACUUUGGGUAUGGCAUGCACAAAAUGAAAGCAUGCCUGCUAAGGAGAAGUUAAAAAUAAUGGUAAUUGUUAACAUGCUAAGUGCCAGAUACACAGGCCUUGGCUGAAAUGGGAGAGUUGUGACAUUGCAGUUUGCAGAUAUUUUCCUCAACAAUAAAUUGUCAGUUGGUCUGUGGCUAGUAACUGUGGAGCAAAUUACUGGUAUAGUUUGCUGAAUUUUCGUGGUAAUAGGAAUUAUAGGGUGUCGAUAACUGGACUGUGGUCCUUCCUUAAUGAAAAUCACAUUGGUUGUUACAACGUAGUUCAUUGGACAAACUCUAUACAUGGGCACCUGUGCAUAUACUGAGGCAACCAGUGAAGUGUUGUGUUAUUUGUUGUAAUAGUAGACAAUAUCUGAAUGCGAAUGAUGGCUUAAGAUGUCGAUGUUUGCUCUAUACCUGGUGUCUUAAUUCAGACGAUAAUAAAAACCUGUUUGAAAAAUAUUCUCAAGGUCGUCAUUCUGAACAAACUAUAAUAAACUGUGAGAAUACUGUAUGCAAACAUUUACAGAAUAUUUUGGCGGUAUUUUAAAAUGCAUUAAGAUUAUGAAAGAAUUUGUUUUAUGGUUGAGACCUGUGUACCUGAAACAUUUAAAAAGAGAAGGGUUGACAAGUGAUUUUGCUAUGCCAGAGCACUUCUACUGACCUUCCUGCAAGUAGCUAUACUCUGCUGUAUACAUUUGUGUUUAGCUUACACAACAAAAGAAGGACAACAGUUACUGCUUGAAACCCUAUCUCACAAGUUUGUAUACUAUGCUUUAUUGUAGAGAAAUGCUCCUAGAAAAGAUAUUUAUACAUGUCCAGGUAUGUUGUUGAAGUUCUGUUUGUUAGCUCACUUGAGCAUUAGACAAAUCAUCGUGGAACCUCCUUUGCAGCACUUGGCAACAGAAAUAGUAAACUUAUUCGGAUCUGGUGAUAACACAAUAUAUUUCCAAAUUUCUGGGAGUACCACUCAAGAAAUUUCCAACUUGGCUUGUGAAUGGAGGAAAAUAAGGACCUUUUACAUCAUGGAAUAAGUCUUUUUCAAAUGGACAAAUAUUUUGAGUGCUAUUGCAACAAAAAUAGUAAAACUAUAUUUGUUAAAACACUCCUGUCCCUAAAUCAGUAAAUCAGGUACUUCUGUAAUACUUGCAAUACUUCAGUGACUUGUUCUAAUACUAGUCUGGAGCUCUGACUUUGAAAUGCCAGAAAUUGCAAAGUAGAUUGUUCACUUGUUACAGUUCAAAAGCUGCUUCUGUUUUGUUUGAACUUUUUCAAAGUAGUUCAGACAUUACCUUGUUUUAGCUAUAUAUAAGAGGGACCGGAAAAGUAGAUGACAUGACCUCUUACUGCACCUAUAUGAUAGGGGGACAGUUACUUUUGAAUCAGUUUAAUUAUCAUUUUUCAAUAUAUAUUUGUUACCUUUUUAAAGUAAAUAUAAUAUAAAAAUGACAAAGUUAUUUUAGUUUGCUAGAUUACAGUAGAAAAUAUUACUUCUACAGCUAUUUGAAUCACUAAAUUACCUCCCUUUUUAAGUUGAUCACUAAUAAAGGGAGGUAUUUUAUAUUUUAAAAAAUAAAAUGUAAGUGAAUACAUUUGUUAAUAUACAUCAUAUGUUGAAUAUAGUUCAAUAGUUUACAUUUAUAUAUUGCAAUAACAUUAUAUCUGAGAUAUAAAUAAUUUCUUCAUUGAAUAAUAAACCAUAAAUAUGUUCACUUGUUACAGUUCAAAUCAUGAUAAAUGAAUUUGGAUCUUGGGUGCACAGAUUCUUUCACAAUGUAGAUUUUUACUAGCAUUGAACAGUUAAGUAAAGGAACUUAAUGGAGGGAAUGAAAUUGACUCACGGGUAUAUUUAACCAGACAUACUUGGAAGAAAAAAGAAUUUCAGUUUACCAGAAUAAAGUAACUAAGGAUUUGAAUUAUAUGAAUAAAGAACAUCAAAAUAUGCGAGUGUGAUACUUGUAUUGGAAGGUUGACUCUUAGUCUGUUGUGAACUUAUUUUUGGCUGAAAUUAUGAGAGUGCAGAGGGAUGAAUCACUUUUGGUCAUAUGUAGCAUAUCUGAAUCUUCAAUCAAACAUAUCUUUAAGAUGCAAAACAUAUUGAGGACCUGGUAACAAUUUGAGGACUUGUACUAUGAUGAAGUCAUGGUAAUAUCCCUUGUGUAUUUCAUGGCUAAUGGGGAUGGCAUCUCUCCUUCCAUCCGUAAUCUGUAACAGAUGUUUAGAUGGCAUGUGUACAGCAUGUUAAGUAGAUUUGUUACAAGUGUCACAUUUAAGCAAAAAAAAUAAUGAAAGAUGGGUGUUAUACAUGUAGGAUGUUACAUAGUGAAGAACUAAGUUAAUACUGCACUAUAGUCUCUCUCAUCUAAGAGGUUUACAUCAACCUUUAACUGAACUGAUGAAAUGAUUGGCUUUAAUUGGUAAAAUAAAUGUGGUUUGAUAAUCUAUAAAAAAGUGACCCUCGGGAAUUUUAAGCUUUUAUCAACAUUUGGCUAGUUUUCUUAUACAGGUACAAUUUUAUUUCUCUAUGGAAAUAUCGCUUUCGUUUACAGUGAUGCCAUUGAUGUCCGUCCCCCAUGAACGUCAUUGUGGGCACUGCAGUUUGGAAAAGCGACGUAAUGUCUUUUGCAUAAAGAUCCAUGGGGAAAAUUACAAAUUUGCCAUUUUUGACUCGAAAACUCACUAUAUCGAAAAAUUGAAAAAAGUGUCUGGAGAUAUUAAUGUUUCAGUUGUACCCUGUGGAGAAGAAUGAAAAAACAACAGAAAUGGAUGCCGGUGGUGAAAGCAGUGUCAACAACACAGCUGAGGACACUAUUCAAGAAACAGAACAAAGUAAACAAAGCAUAAUUUCACAGAUGAUUAAUCUGAAGGAAAAUGAAUUAGAUACAUUUGCGGGCUUUCUCGGACAUAACAUCAAAGUUCAUAGAGAGUUUGACAGACUACCAGAAGAUACUCUUCAGGUUGCUAAAAUCAGCAAGAUCCUUCUGGAGAUGGAGCGGGGUAACUUACACCUGUUCAAAGGGAAAAAAAAGUUUGGUUGA